UACUUGUGAAUAAUUAUCCCAAAAAAAGAAAUUACUUGUGAAUCUGUGAAGCGCAGUUGGAGAUAAUAAUUGAAGAGCAAAGUUGGUGACUGUGACUGUUUAAGUGUAGAGUGGGUUGCUGAAGCUGAAAAUCGUAGAAAGAUGAGUGUGGUUCCCAGUUGUUCGGUUUCAGUUAAGAAUUCUGGAACCCAUUUGUUAUUCGGUUCCUCUUCGAAGCCUGUGGAGUUUUGUUGUCCUUUCAGCAUAAACCCCAGUAAAUUAGGUUCCACGUUGCAGGGUGAAGCAAAGCUUACUGCAUAUAAAACACCCCUUAUAGUCCGAGCCGGCGGUGAUGAUGGAAAACUAAGUAACGCAAGUAUUUUUGUCGGUGGAUUCAUAUUAGGAGGAAUGGUCGUAGGAACAUUAGGCUGUCUAUUUGCACCUCAGAUUUCCAAGGCUUUAGAUGGGACUGAUAGGAAAGGUUUGAUGAGGAGGCUGCCGAAAUUUAUAUAUGAUGAAGAGAAAGCUCUCCAGAAAUCACGGAAAAUACUGAACGACAAGAUUGAACAGCUAAAUUCUGCCAUAGAUGAGGUUUCAGCUCAGUUGCGUGCAGAUCAUGACCCAAAUGGAGCUGCAGCGAAUCCAAACGAAAUUGAAGCUUCUAUAUAACAAAAAAAAUUGCAAUUGGAAGCCAAUCGUGAUGAUCAUAGCAUUUUACCUGUGCCAAUCGCUCCAAACUGCCGUGCGUUAUCCGAAUUAAAGUAAGAUAUUAAUUAACCGAGAGCUUGCACUUGCAGGUUUCAAAAGGAAUCGUCAGGACUCAGGACUAGGGACAAUGACGGAAGCAAAAACUGCUUUUUCGGUGACCAUGGCAUGGGCAAUUGGGGUGAUGGAGUGGAGGCACCAAAAGUCAAAAGACUCUUAUCUGAAUCAACUAUAAAGGGGAAAAAGAAAAAUCUAGAAUUUAUUCACUUUUAUAUGUAUAUAUAUAUAUACAUAUUAUUUCAUAAAAGGACGCCAAAAAACUGUAAAAUGGAGCUAGAAAUUUGAUAUUUUAAUAUAAGAAAAAGGGAAUAAUGUUGAAUAAUAAUUUAAUAA